AUCCAUCCAAAACACACACAACACCCAGAGAGCCAAGAGUUCACGAGCGCCUGGUUCCGUUCAGCUGAACCGAGUGGAAACAUUCUGGGGAAGUUUUUUUUUUUAGUGUAACCCUUUCUUUUUUAAACGCGACACACAUCACCGCUGGUCUUUUAUUAGUUUGUUUUUUGCGCGUCGGAGCAACUCUCAGGACGGAAGGAGGCGCGCGCAUCUGGUCUGGUGCGUCUCUGGUUUGUGCCGCACGUGAGCACACGGAGUCCAGCGCGCGAGCAGGAUUGAGAGAAGAGUGAAAACGUAACAAGGACACUGAACACAUCAUGAAGAAAGAAGACGCUGGUAAUCAGAGAUGGAAUAGAGCUGGGGUUCUGGUCCGCUUGUCUGGCAGUGAUUACAGCAGUAAAAGAAGGAGGACUUGGGUUCAAUCUCAUCCGUUGGUCCCAUUAGUGGGACUGAUUUUGUUGGCCUGCCUUCCCUUUGGAGCGAGCAUCAAACAGAGUGUCCCCAGGGUCAAACUCAGCUACAAAGAACUGCAGCAGGCUGGUAGCGUGUCGUUGUUUUCGUGCCCGGCAGACGGCCUACUCGCUCACUCGCUGCUGUUGGAUGAAGAGAGAGGGCGCCUUUUGUUGGGAGCCAGGGAUCACGUCUACCUGCUUGACCCCAACAAUCUAAGCAAAGCCCCCAGAAAGAUCUAUUGGCCUGCUCCAAGGGACAAAGUUGAAACAUGCAAACUGGCUGGCAAAAAUGUGAGUUUGGAAUGUGCCAAUUUUAUUCGAGUCCUCCACAAUUACAAUCGAACGCAUGUCUAUGCCUGUGGGACAGGCGCCUUUCACCCCAUCUGUGCUUUCAUAGAACUCACUGGCCACAGACAGGAUGGUGCAUUUCAGCUACUGUCUAACACAGUCGAAUCUGGCAGGUUGAAAUGUCCUUUUGAUCCCUUGCAGCCAUUCACCUCAGUCAUGACAGAUCAGCACCUAUACGUGGGGACAUCUUCAGACUUCCUGGGAAAAGACACUGCGUUCACACGCUCUCUGGGGCCUCCACCUGACCAGCACUACAUACGCACAGACAUCUCUGAAGACUACUGGAUCAAUGAGGCCAGGUUUAUUUCUGCUCAUCCCAUUGCUGACACGUACAAUCUGGAUGACGAUAAGAUAUACUUUUUCUUCCGCGAGGUGUCGUGGGAGGGCAACGAUAAGAGCAUCCUGUCCCGAGUGGCUCGUGUGUGUAAGAAUGAUGUUGGCGGGCUGAGAAGCCUGACCAAUAAAUGGACAACCUUCCUCAAAUCCAGGCUUGUGUGUUCUAUUCCUGGACCAGAUGGCGUGGACACGCACUUUGAUGAGCUCCAGGACAUAUUUCUGCUCCCUACCAGAGACGACAAAAACCCUGUUGUUUACGCAGUCUUCACAACUUCCAGUUCCAUUUUCCGUGGUUCAGCAGUGUGUGUGUACAGCAUGGCAGACAUAAGAGCUGCGUUUAAUGGACCUUACUCCCACAAGGAAGGGCCUGACCACAGAUGGGUAGAAUAUGAGGGGAGAAUACCAUACCCUCGUCCUGGAACAUGCCCCAGCAAGACAUACGACCCAAGGAUCAAGACCACCAAAGACUUUCCAGAUGAAGUCAUCAGCUUCAUUCGAUCCCAUCCUUUGAUGCAACGCUCUGUGCACCCUCUGACCAGCCGGCCUGUGUUUACACGUGUUCGAGUGGAUUACACCCUGACCCACAUUGUGGUGGACAGAGUUGUGGCAGAUGAUGGACAGUAUGAAGUAAUGUUCCUGGGAACAGAUGCUGGUUCAGUUCUGAAGGUGGUGAGCAUCACUCAAGAGAACUGGACAACAGAAGAAGUGAUUCUUGAGGAGCUUCAGGUGUUCCAGGGUUUCUCUCCCAUUGUGACUUUGGAGAUUUCCUCUAAACAGCAACAGCUCUAUGUGGGAUCCAGAGAGGGAUUAGCUCAAGUUUCUCUCAGCAGAUGCCACCUGUAUGGCCAAGCCUGUGCGGAAUGCUGCCUGGCACGAGACCCUUACUGCGCCUGGGAUGGACACACGUGCUCACGAUACAUCCCUGCAUCUAAGAGGCGGGCCAGAAGACAGGACAUUAAAAAUGGCAAUCCUGCCAUUCAGUGCUGGGGCACAGAAGACAGUCUUGGCGGGGCUGAGGCGGAGGAGCGGAUUAUUUUUGGUGUUCAGAACAACUCUACCUUCCUUGAAUGUAUCCCCAAAUCUCAGCAGGCCCAAAUCCAGUGGUACUUCCAGAAACCUGGAUCUGAACGCAGAGAAGAGGUCAAACUGGACGAUCGUGUUGUCCACACAAACCGCGGACUACUGAUUCGUUCCCUUCACGCCUCUGAUGUCGGCGUGUACGUCUGCGUAGCCCAGGAGCACUCACACUUCUCGUACACGCUCCUCCGUCUCAAGCUCCAGCUUGUUGCACGUGGACAGCUGGACCGAAAGCACAAGGUCGGCGAGGAUGCCGCGGCGGAGGCGCAGCACGCGGCAGAGACACGCCAGCGUUACAAAGACUACCUGAGAGCAAUGAGCUCCCCCUCGCUGGAAGAGUACUGCGACUCGCUGUGGCUGGACAAGAGGUCGUCAAGGCCACGAGGGCGAGCUCCGGGAGCGGGCAAGUGGAAAUACAUUCAGGAGAUGAAGAAGAGCAGAAACAGGAGGCAUCACAAAGAACCAGAGGCAGAGGGAGAAAGGAAGAGUCAGAGGCGGGCAGUGAGGACAGGAGAGAUUUGAUGGGUGUGGGGGAGGGGUGGAAAACAAUCAGGUUAGCUCAGUUAAUGAACAGGUUAACUGUGAAACAACAGUCUCAAAUGUGCAAAUAAACUCUUUGAUUGGUCACCAACGAAAUAUGUUUUAGCAGGUAAGAGAAUGUAGAAUUAAAAUGUGGAUAGAUCACUGUUUAAAUGAAAUCUAUUUUCUUUUGUGAGAAAAUCAUACUCUUUUUUUAAUAAAAACAACAAAACAAAACAAAAACAAGAUUUUUGCAAACAAUGCAAUUACACAGCUGGUAAAACGCACAACCAUUUGUUGAAUCUAUGACUGACGUGUGAAUAAUUGCAACAUGACUAGCUUUUUCAGUGACUUUGAAUCCAGUAUAUUUUUCAGCAAGUUAAACCCUUCAGAUGAUGCUGAUAGUUUGUUAUAAUAAAACAAAUUGAUAGAAGUGUUAAAAGGAGAAAAUGUGGAAAUAAACCAAAAGUUUGCUCAUAGUGAUGAGUUUGCCUUUAUGUCGAGUAAUUGUAAAUAUUUAUGUAACGUGUACAGAAGAUACAGCAUGCUCAUUUUGUCUCAUUAGCAAUUUGUAUGUUUAAAACAAUACUAAUACGUUUGACUUUUAUACAACCCUUCAUUCUUGUUUAUCAUAGAUUGAAUAGAUAUUUUCAUUUAUUAUUGUUCUUGGAAUUUAUUAAAUAAUUUGUCUCAAA